GAACAAGGUUGAAAAUGAAAUUUCAUUCUGUCAUCUAACGACCGAUGACGUAAUAUUUCUUUCGUGCUUAAAUUAUGACUGGGUAUUAAUAACUCAAAGGAAAGGAGGGAAAAAGAUAUUGAAUUAAUAAUAAGUGAUACGAAGCAUGAUAAUUAAAAACAAAUUAUCCAAAUUCUUAUCUUAUGAUUUCGUUCAUUAAUAUUUCUAUUCAGUUGCCAGUAGCGAAUGUGUUAAUGUGGAAAAGCGUUAGGAUGAAAUGAAACUUAAUAACAAUUUUUUUGAAGUUAAACUUUAAAUUUUAGAUAUAAGUAAUUAAUAGAAAUAGUUGAUAGAUAAUGGAAAGUGUAGCUAAAACAGUUAGCACUCUUGAUAUGAUAUUGCAAAAAUUUAUGCUGUGUAAUGUGAAACAACUGUGAGAAUAAAUGUUUACUUGUAUUGUGUAAUCUUUUUGUACGCUAAUGAAUUCACUGAAAAACUAUAAUAGCGUUAUGAUAAUGCAUUUUUUCUUUGUUCACACAGAAAUGAAUUAAUUACACAUAUAUUUACAUUAAAUAGGUCAAAGUCUAUUUGACACGAAGGUUUCGUACUUUCACUGCUUCGAACUAUUUCAGAAGAUUUAUCGACUGAUCGAUUCACCUUGACUAAUCGAGAGUUCUGUGUUUUUCCUGUUUUACAGCCUGUAUUUUCUAACGGCGGAUUCCAGGGAUUUUUAUUCCACAUAAACUAUAAACAUUACCAUUAAUUAAAAUUCCCCGAACGAGGCCAUCCAGCGUACUGAAUUUUGCAGUAAUAAAAUAUUCAAAGUGUGUGGUAGAUACGCUUCAACGGUUGAUGUUAACUUCACAUCGAUCGUUCGUUCGAUCAUAAACUGUCACCAACCGCGGAGUUCACGAUCGAUCCCUCCCUGCACCUCGUGUACUUUAAAUACAACAUCCGGAAUCGCUUUCGGAAAAUUCAAUAUAAAAAUUUCCAAUGUGAAUGAUGACAAACUCGUUUUAAAUGUCGUCACAUACACGAUGAGCCAAUCGAAUAAUUUCGCCCAUCCACGAAAAAAACCUGCAAAGUGCUCUCCGACUACUACUUCGCAUCACAAGCUAAAACGAAUCCCCUCGACCGCAACUUACAUAGUCGACGACGAUGAAUGUAUAGAUCGACUGCAGAGUGCGUCGUUAGAAAACGCAAGUAUCCUGGCGUCUAGGGAUCGUCAGAGAGACAUUAAUCAUAUCAACAGAAGAAUCGAUAGGACGACCUCCAACACAGCAUUCAGUGGCAGAAAAUUUUGGAAUUGUCACGCUAGACCAACAAACAUCUACGUACCGGAAAACUCCGUAAUUCAAGAAGAGAGCGAAUUCAUCGAUACAUUAACGAAGCAGUUAUACAAGGUCGAAAAUCAGGUGCAGAAGGUGCAGUCUAACUUAAAGAGAAGCGAAGAGCAAAUAAAGUUAAAGGACCAGGAAAUUUCCCGAUUGAAACGGAAGGUCAAGGAGUGGGAGACAAAGAGCAAGAAUCAAGAAACACUACGAAAGAAGGAACAGCAGCAGCGGCGCAUGCAAGCCGAUCAUUCGGAAUAUCUCUACAGAAGAUGUUUAAUGCUCGAGCAAAGAAUUUACGAGAUGGAGAAAUUCCUGGCCGAUUAUGGUUUGGUCUGGGUCGGCAAUACGAACGGUUCGAAGCAUCCUGAAACGAUAGCCAACAACACCAUCGAGACUUGUUACGAGCAGAUUAUCGCGAAUAUUGACCAGCUGAACCUGGCCGCUGGGAAGGGUGAAGUUCACGUGCAGCAUAACGAAAAAGGAAACGGGGCCACCUUCAAAACCGCAUCUUGCAUGUCAUUAAAAUUCUACAAAAAUGGAAUGAUAGUUCAAGACGGCCCAUUACGAUCCUACAACGAUCCAACCACGAUAUCGUUUCUACGGGAUAUCUUGGACGGCUAUUUUCCUUCUGAGUUACAAGAAACUUAUCCAGAGGGUGUGCCAUUCAAGGUAGAGGAUCAGAGAAAUCAAGUAUUCUUGAACUCCGACUUUCCUGGCCAAGGUUAUCGAUUGGGAAAAGAAUUGGCUGAUAAUACAUCGAUGUCGUCUAGACCUUCCACUCGUAGAUUUACUAAUAAUCAGAAAUCGGCUCGUCGUGGUACCUUUACAAGAGAAAAGGAUAGUCUAUAUAAUUUUGAUCUUUUUAGGGAACUAACGCCUGCCACAGCUAGGUCCAUGAAACCAAAAACUCCCUCAGAAGCUCCUCCUUUAGAGAUGUAUGUUCUUCGUUCCCAAAUUUUGGCAUCUCACAACAAUAUUUGCUCCGACACUCAUUUACAGUCGCAUAUUAACGCGGAACUCGGUUUGGGCGAAAAGAAAUCGACUCGAAGAGAAAAACGUGACACGGCUAAAAACGGAGACUUCGAUACUUCGGUUCGGGAGAUCUCAUUAAAAUCCAAAGGUAUUAUGAGAUUUCCAAGCUCUGGUAGAUGUUAUCACAGUUCCACCGAUAGAGCGUCCAAAUUAUCGCCAAAUCGAUUGGAUAACGCGGAUGAGAUUCUCAGGCAACGAUCAAGAUCCGCCAGCCUACCAAACUCCCGAUUUUCCAUUACGUCAAGGUCAGCACCGAAGGUGAACGCCGAUACUUCGCAAUUUUCACUUUCUCAAGUGCAUCAGCAAAGUACGGCUAGAAAAAAUCAACGUGCUCCAAGGUCUGCUGCACCAGUUAGGAAGAAUGCAGGAAGGAAUGCACCUCCUAUUCUACAUCAAAUCAAUGAACCGUCUGGAAAACCAGGCGAAUUCCGAUUGAAAGUCAGGUCUUUGAACGGCGGUACUGUUUAUCUGGUACACGUGUCUGCCGACGAACCAAUAGCUCGACUUUAUCAAUUGUUAGAUAGAACAAUGGCAAGAACUGUCCCUCGAGGAUAUAAAAUUGUUCUCAGCGGUUAUUCACCGAGAAGAUUGGAACAUCUAGGGACAACUUUAAGAGAAAUUGGCAUCACUAGAGACAGCGUUUUGCAUUUAGUGAACGAUUGAAUUUGCAACAUUUAUAUUUGUAUCGUUUAAAAGGAAAAAAUAUUGUAAAAAUAUUAAGUUUGUAGAAAAUAUAUUAUAAUAUAGGAAAAUCAAUUUUUAUCGUUGCAUGAUAAGUAAAGUUGCGAGAUCUUAGUUUACAAUGGUUGAUAAAAGAAUCUCACGGCAUUUUACCAUUGCUGGAUAUUGAUAUAAUGUGAUAUAAUUCCUAUAUUCGCCGUAGUAAAUCGCAGAGGGCGUAAGAAAUAUUCUCAUUCUUCUCAAGAUCGGUAUUUCAGAACGUGAAACAUGAAGUUUCAUAUAGUGUUAUGUCCUGUACUUAGUCAAUGCUUUAUUGUUUGCUUUAUCAAUAUUUAUCACCUGAAAGCGGUGUCAUAAAUAUACGACUAUAAAUACAAGGUGAUGCACUAGCGUAUAGCAAUUAAUUUCAGAACACUAGUCUUCUCAUGUUUUGGAGGAUCGUUGAUUUAUGCUUAGCCUAUUGGUCAUGUACUUAAGUGUACACGUACCUUCCUGAGAUGCUAGGUACAUACCUUUACAAUAAUGGAACCUCAGACGCUUAUCUUUCAUAACGCUACAAUGUAAAUUUAUGAUCUUCAGGAUGAUAAUUCACUCUUAUCGAUCCAGGCUUCCAGAGGCGAUAGAAAGGAUAACGUUUUAGGGAUAGAUUAGAUAAUAAAUUUUCUAAAUUUUAGAUUAAGUAAACGGUGAGAUUAAUGACGCGGAAUUUGUAGAAAUAUUAAGGAGGGAGAGAAAAUUCAACGUAGCUGCGCUUCAAAGCUUAAUAUCAAGACGCUUUUCACAAAGCUACUUUUAGAAAUUUAAUUGCGAAUUCCUCGUGCUUUCGCUGAUGGUUGAUGUGAAAAGGCAAAGCUAUACCAUGAUUCGCAACAUAGACUUUUAAAGAAGCUGCCGACUGUUCGUGACGUUGAUAUCUCGUUACUCGUUUUCAAGAUCCGAAUCUCUAGAAAUAUCGAUGGUUUCCUGCUCUAGAAACGUUUCGAGCUUUGCGUGCCGAUAAUGGAAUAUUCAGCGAUGCCGUUGCAAACUUUUCCAUGCGUCUCGUCGUGCCAGAGAAUUUCCACUCGUUACUCAACCACGCAAACUGUGCCUGACGAAAGUUGAAUCGUUACAAAAAGUUUAGAAGGCGAAACGUCGCGCUGAGACAACGACGAAUUCCCUACUACUUUAGAAGUUGUUCCUUGCGCCGAAAAGAUAAGCCUUCAACGUUUCCAGGAAAUUCCUAUUGCAGCGUUUUUUACACUAUUUUUACUGUUAAAAUUCUUGCUUUUUAGAAUUAUUGGUCCACUUAUUUCCAGAAUGAUUGGCGCAUUUAUUUUUAGAAUAUCUGGCCUAUUUGUUUUAAAAAUAAUUUAUUUAUUUAUUUUAUGUGUAUCAAAAUUCGUAAGGUGUCAUGGAUCGUCUUAUAUCUGAGCAUAAACCUGAUAAUAAUGAUCGACGAAUAUUUAACAUCGACAUGUUCACGAUAAGAAGAACUUCUGACCAAUGGCCCCAGUCGUUCCUCGUAUUUUACCAGGCGAUAACGCGGCAGUCUUCCGGAAAGUCACGAUUACUGGUUGCGACCAGAGCAGCGGGAAAGAGUUCAUCGGCUACCACUUGUCUUCAGCAAAGAUUAAAGCUGUAGAAGCGUGCCGUUUCUUUCAAGUACACGUCGAUGGUAGCCUACAGACACAGCAGACCAAGAACCACUCCUUAAACGUUCCGCUCAUUUCGUACGAUUGAGACUUCUUUACUCUCCCCUUUCCUUCCUGGUAACGCCGAAAAAAGGCUGAUAGUCUCGUGAGGUAAAUGCCAGAGAGAUAACGACCCACGUAAAAACUCAGGACGUUACGUUACGCUCGAUUUACUUGACCAACGGCAGUUCAAAGAAACAUAGAUAUCCUUUACAUUUCGCAAUGGACUCGGUCAGAGAUAAGCAGGUUAGGUGAGACCUAUCUGCUACGGUUGGAAUGAGGAACGAUCGGGAUGAAACACGACUCGAAAACCAUCGCUUUUCGUUUUGGGUGUUGGUUAUCGGUUUGUUUCGAGUUCGUUGCCACGUGAAACGAACCUACCAUUUGAUUCUUCUACUCGACAACAUCGUAAUUCGAUGAAGUGACAAAGAAGCGCAAAUAGAAUGAGAAUAAAGAUGCAACUCGACCGUAUUUAGGUUUUAAUUACGCGGAAGGAACAAUUAAAUUACAACCAACUCUUAUAAUUAUAAGAUUGUUCCAAGUUAUGUGACGUUGAAGUUUUCAAUCACUUUACCCAUUCAUUCCCGUUAACAUCGUAUUCCCCUUUCAUUAAGAGACGUCUGAUUAAAUCGCUGAAUAACCGAUCGCUGAAUCAAUUCGACUUUCUUACUUUUAACGAUACAGAAGGCAGAAAGCAGGGAUUGCUCUUUCGGUCUUUGUCGUUUUUAUCGAUAAUUCCAUCAAUCCGUGGCCAAACGGUGCUGCUGGAACUGUCACCACAACCCGUGCAGAUCCAUCACGAGGCCAAAGAGAGACUGCGUUUGUCAAUCAACAUGCAAAUCGAAAGUUCCCACGCCACCCUUGGGGAAUCUUUAAAUUUAAUCAGCCGGCAUUUUCCUCGCGUAUUAUCUCCGUCUCGUUUCUGUUCAUUACCACAACGUUGCCGAGAAUGGUCGAAUCCCCAGGGACGAAACUUUUACUCGUCCGGUCUGAUUAAACGUCUCGAAAGAAGCUUUCCACGGGAACCCUCGAUGAGGAUUCUGUCCGUUCUCUUCGCGCUUAACAAACGAGGAAAUAGAUUCCACAUUCUCGAUUCACUAACAGGGAUUCAAUGGAGUUAUGGAUAUAUAAUACUUGAACGAAGCGAUAUAGUAAGAUUGGACGUAAAAUUGGUCCAUGUAAGACUGUAAAUUAUACUUUGGAAGCUGCGAUUUUAUGGCUGAUCAUCGAACUGUUAACGAUGACAGAAAUUCAUUGAAAAAAGUUACUGACACAGGUUAUUAUACCUUUUCGUAAUAAUCUGACAUUCUUGUUUCUUAAAAUGUAUGGAUAUCGAUGAGUACUUACGUGCCAGUUUAGCGAUAAUAAAUCACUCGUUAUAAUCUAAUCGUAAAGAAUGACGGAACAUGAAAUUUCGUGUUUGAGGAAAUUUCGAAAUUGACGGGCGAAUCGUUCGAUUGCCAGGAUCUUCCGUCUCGUUAUUUCUCAUUUUUCUUCUCGCCUCGUCGCUCCUCUUUCGUCCGUUAAACGUUAACGAGCUAUAUAUUAAAUCGCCGCCACUCGAAGAUGAAUUAUUAAGAAAUAAUCGUUCGAUACAAACGGCUGUCGUCGUUACGUUAACAAGCAUCUGCCUUACGUCCAAUUUUUUAACCCUUUUUAGACCAAUUCCACUCCCUUCGUUCCAUUAUUCGCAAAUUAGACGCGAAAGAUCGAUUCGUCGUGCUAAAUAACACGUUCCUCCUUGUAAUUUACUAACGAGCCACCCAAACGAUCGGACACGGAAGAUUGUAGAUGAAGAUAGUGACGCAUACUUUGAAGCAUCGGGACAUUAGACGAGCUUUCAAUUUGCUUUAUCGUUUCGAAACGUGACAGACAAGGAUUGAAGGAAAAUGGGGAAAUUCUGUCAAAAGGAAGGUUCCUGAAAAUCGAGACAUUUUGUCUUCUGGUCUUUACGUCGCAACGUGUCGCUAAUCAAAAGAACACGCGAUUGAUUUUGUCUCGUCCUCUAUCUGUCUCUAUUUAUUCUGUUCUACUAAAAAUCUACUGCUCCAAAAUUCCACCGUAAGAUCCAUUCAGCGUUUCUUCUUUCAUCGUGGAUAACAAGACUUAGUGUUCUCCAUUCACGACGAAGCAGAACGUUCGACGACUUGUUCGUAUUCCCAUUAACGAUCGAAGAAGCGGCAGGAAAGGAUGGAAAGGGAAGAAGAUUCAUUUUAUGGCGUAACGAUAUCGCAAGAAUUAACGAGUACGCGUCGAUUGGGAACCGGCUGAGGCUCGAUAACCGACGGCGAUUCUUAUUCCUUUUCCGGCAGGCCGCUCUUUCGACGAUUCUCUCCCUUUUUAUCUUUUUGCCCUCCGCAAGGAACGACGAAUGGCCCAGAUUUUAACGGGCUCCCUUUGACGCGGCGCGGUUAAAUGAAUGCAAUUUUCAAUAUGGGGCGAUGGAAGCCAGCCACUUCGUCGUGACAAUUUAGUUCCACGCCUGAGAUCCUGAAGGAGCGAACAGUCGGAAACGCUAUAAAUAGAAGAGAGCAUAUUCGAACAAUCUCGAGCCAAUUCCAUUGGUAGAAAUGAUAUUUCGACGUAGUUGCCGGAAGUAAAGCGUUCUUGAUGUAUCUUCUUAUAUCAUUUAAAUCUUUUACUUCGUUAAAAGCGGAAAACUAAUUCUUGAUUAAUGUUAAUGGUAGUAUAAGUCACAUGGAAUUGCAAAUUAAAGCGUUGAUAAUCAAUGUGCUUGAAUAGUAAUAAAAAAUAAUUAAUUUUAAUGCAGCAUUUAGCAAAUUGAAAUUAUUUAUGAAACGCACUGUUGUCAAACGCAGGCUUCAAAUUCAAUCCUAAAUUGCACUUUGGAUUCACUUAAUUAUAAUCGAAAUUUACGCGACGCGGAAUUAAAUAAAGCCGCAAGUGUUGUUUGACCAAUAAACGUUUCGACACCGAACGAAACUUUCCCUGGAAACGAUUCUCAUUAAUUUCCAUGAUUCGAUGUACGAGAUGGAAACUCGUAUUGGGUCAGUGGUGAUUGAAGUCAACGAACACGCUAUUAAGUGGGAAGACGGUGAUAUUCGAGAGACAUCGAUAGGCUGGCUUGAUAGUCCCGUGCAGGAAAUGAGAUUUGCAUAAUUGACGUAGCGGUGGUGGUAAACGAAAUUACGUUGGCCAAAGGAACGUAGGAUCGAUCUGAAUAUGUAUCGAGGAAUAAGCGAUGUUGAUUGAUGAACUAUCGGUUCACUUGUCAUUUUGUCCACAAUGACAUCGCUGUGUCCCUCUGUAAGCCUUCUGUCCUGCUUCCGAUGAAAUCAAUGAAUUUGUUAGCAGAGAAACGAAAUCGCUGUUCAUUGCUCCAGUCGUUUAUUAUCGUUUUCGUCGAACGCUCGGCUACGAAAGAAAGGAAGCUGUCAAGGGAAAGGUACAUACAAGGAUUACGUGUAAAACUUGCGAGUGAUAGGUGGAAUUCGUCUCACGAGGGUUUGGGACAUGGGAUC